GUUUCGAUUGACCGACAUUGGAACUGCGCAGGAGCUCCUUAUUUCUGCCCCGCUCUGCCUCGAUCCCGCAUCAUAUCACAGCCUGCCUCUUCUUCUCUCCUCCUCCUUCUCUUCCUCCCAUAUUCAUCUCUUCUCGACUUUUCCCGCCGACUCUCGAGCUUCGUCGAACCGUUCGUAACUCGAAUCGAUCCGACCAAACGGUGCCCCCAUAUCUACCAAGAACAAACACGCAGCUCUUCUUGUUAGCUCAUCAACAUGGCCUCCGCUAUCAAGAGCGCUCUCCCCUCGCGCCUCAAGCCUGACGACAACCAGGAAAGCCAGGACAAUGGCGAGAGGCACCACGGAAAGACUCGCAGCCACAUGGCUUUCGAGAACACCUCCACGAACGUGGCUGCUGCGCAGAUGCGCAACUCGCUGACCAACCUCGCGGAGACCGUCACCGACCCCGCGCAGAAGAAGCUCUUUGAGACCGAGAUGGACAACUUCUUCGCCCUGUUCCGCCGCUACUUGAACGACAAGGCUAAGGGCAAUGCCGUGGACUGGGACCGCAUCGCCCCGCCCGCCCAGGGCCAAGUCGUCGACUAUGAGGAUCUCGCCAACACCGAGUCGGUGCAGUUCCUCAACAAGCUUGCUGUCCUCAAGCUCAACGGUGGUCUUGGUACCUCCAUGGGUUGUGUCGGCCCCAAGUCCGUCAUCGAGGUUCGCGACGGCAUGUCCUUCCUCGACCUGUCGGUCCGCCAGAUUGAGUACCUGAACCGCACCUACGACGUCAACGUGCCUUUCAUCCUGAUGAACUCGUUCAAUACCAACGACGACACUGCUGCCAUUAUCAAGAAGUACGAGGGCCACAACGUUGACAUUCUCACCUUCAACCAGUCUCGCUACCCCCGUAUCUACAAGGACUCGCUUCUGCCAGUCCCCAAGAGCAACGACUCGUCCAUCAACGAGUGGUACCCCCCUGGCCACGGUGACGUUUUCGAGUCGCUCUACAACUCUGGCAUCCUCGACCAGCUUAUUGAGCGUGGCAUCGAGAUCCUCUUCCUGUCCAACGUGGACAACCUGGGCGCCGUCGUCGACCUCCGCAUCCUCCAGCACAUGGUUGAGACCAAGUCCGAGUACAUAAUGGAGUUGACCAACAAGACCAAGGCCGAUGUCAAGGGUGGCACCAUUAUCGACUACGAGGGCUCUGUCCGCCUGCUCGAGAUUGCCCAGGUCCCCAAGGAGCACGUGAACGAGUUCAAGUCGAUCAAGAAGUUCAAGUACUUCAACACCAACAAUAUCUGGUUGAACCUCCAGGCCAUCAAGCGUGUUGUGGAGAAUGACGAGCUUGAGAUGGAGAUCAUCCCCAACGGCAAGACGAUCCCCGGUGACAAGAAGGGCGAGUCGGACAUUAGCAUCAUCCAGCUGGAGACUGCUGUCGGCGCGGCCAUCCGCCACUUCAAGAACGCGCACGGCGUCAACGUGCCGCGUCGCCGCUUCCUGCCCGUCAAGACGUGCUCGGAUCUGAUGCUGGUCAAGUCGGAUCUGUACCAGCUUAAGCAUGGUCAGCUCCAGAUGAGCGCCGCUCGAUUCGGCGAUGCCCCGCUUAUCAAGCUCGGCAGCGACUUCAAGAAGGUGUCUGAUUUCCAGAAGCGCAUCCCGUCGAUCCCCAAGGUGCUCGAGCUGGACCACCUCACCAUCACCGGUGCGGUCAACCUGGGCCGUGGCGUGACGCUCAAGGGCACCGUUAUCAUCGUGGCGACCGAGGGCCAGACGAUUGACGUCCCGCCCGGCUCAAUCCUGGAGAACGUGGUUGUCCAGGGUAGCUUGCGCCUGCUUGAGCACUAAAGGGAGCCGGCUUAUACCUCUUAUUUGUUUCUGUUUGUUAUGCCGAUUGUUUCCGUGUUUGCGUGGCAGGACACUUAUCUGUUAAUGACUUGCGCCGUCGGAGCAUGGCACGUAUGCUGGCGGAGCUGAUGAUGAUUCAAG